UUAAAAUCCAAGAAGGAAAUUCGUGUGUCGUGUUUAUAUAUGAAUUAUAGUUAUAAUUAUCGGCUACAUGAUUGUUAUUAUAGUUAAGUUUUAAAAUGGCUGAUGAAAGCAUAUUUAAACUCUUAAUCAAGUUGACUCAGGAUGGACAUCUGUGUAAGAUUAAACAGAAAAUACAGGAAAUUAGUGAAAUUAAACAGUCUAUAAAUGCCCAUUUGGGGAAAUCUGGAGACACUCUGUUGCAUUAUGCUGCCAGGCAUGGACAUUUAGAUAUUGUGAAGUAUUUUAUUGAGGACAUGGAAAUGGACGUUGAACUGUAUAAUAAUGAUUAUAAACGAGCUUUACAUGAAGCUUCUUCCAUGAGUCACGAGCAAUGUGUUCGGUAUCUGAUCGAUAAAGGAGCAAAAAUUGACUGUCUGAAGAAGGCAGACUGGACUCCUCUGAUGAUGGCCUGCACACGCCACAACCUCGAGGUUAUCAGAGUACUUCUGGACCACGGUGCUGACCCGACACUGCAGAAUAAAGACGGCUGGAACGCGUUCCAUAUUGCAUGUCGAGAGGGUGAUCCAGCCGUGAUAAAGCACCUUCUGUACGUCCGGCCGGAAGUGUGGAGGACCGAGAGCAAGACACGCCGGACUCCUCUACAUACCGCUGCAAUGCAUGGAUGUCUGGAAGUUGUCAAGAUUCUUCUGGAGAGAUGUGAUUAUAAGCCUGAUGAGAAAGACAGCUGUGGAGUUACACCAUUCAUGGACGCUGUGAGAAAUGGACAUCUGGAUGUAGCCAAGCUGCUGCUGGAGAAGCACCAAGCCUGUCCAACUGCUGUAGAUAUUCUAGGAGCGCAACCUUUACACCAAGCCUCUGUAACAGCCCAAGAGGAGUCGCUGCGUUUCCUCGUCCACGAGCUUAGCGUUGACGUGAAUGUGAGAGCCACAGCGUUGGAGCUCACAGCUCUUCAUUAUGCUGCUAAGGAAGGACACACGAACACCAUAAAAACCCUGCUGCACUUGGGUGCUGAUCUUCAUGCUCGGGAUAAGAAAGGACGGUCAGCUUUACACAUGGCGUGCAUCGGCCAGCAUGCGAUCACAGCACGCACCCUGUUACAGCUCGGACUCACGGAUACAGAGGAUAACACGGGCAAUACGGCUAGACAGCACGCCAAGAAACCAGACGUAACCAGAGUGUUUGAGGCACCUGAAGAACCAGAGCCUUAACAAACAGCUGUCCAGAUAAAUCAUAUUAAAUUAUAAUACUAAAGCAGUUCUGUGCAAAUGUAUUUGAAAUAAAUCAAGCACUUCUGUGUAGAAA